GUUGUUACCACUGUCUCCGGUAUGAAGUACGAUAUCAAAAGGUUGUCAGAUGCCCUCUCCCGACACGAUGAGGUGGUUUUGGAGAUCAGAGAUGCGAUCAGAGAACUGGCGGCCGACAAACCCUUUAUGUAGGUAACUGCACCUUCUAAGGGCACUUGCGACAGUUGCAAGUGUUGCCAAAUGAGAAACCGGUCAGAAACUGGCGUAACGUUAGUGAGAAGUCAGAAACCCGCAAAGCGACCUCGAACGGUCAAAAUCCAGAAACCGCACGCCGCAACAAACUGACCAGUUAUCGACACCACCUUCAGUGUUGACCACAUUCCGUGUAGCACGAGGAGAAAGAAGAAGCCGAUGUUGCGAUUCCUCUCAAGUCCUACGACAUCACCCGCAAAGCCCUCACCUGAAGUGGUGGAUUUAACCGCCGACACCGACGGAGACACGCCUGCAUUGAACACGGAGGCUAACGUAGAAUGUGUGGGUUAUGGAGUUGUUGGACGGCAUAGGUGCAACGCCCGGCCCCCUGCUCCUGACGACGUGGUCCACUUAGGCAGUCUGCUGAGUAUGAAGGUUGAGCGAAUCCCACAGAUUAUGGACCUGGUCUUCCAUCCGAAGGAUGGGAUGAAUUUGUCCAAGCUGGAGUUAGCCGUAGCAACGUACAUCUUUAGCAGAGACCUUCCACAUAUGUACAUAACACUACCCACUGGUGCACGAUUUCCUACGCGACUUGUGCAUAGGCAAGGUCAUGAUAUGAAUUUAAUGUGCUAGAGUUCGAGAAGUCAAACUUACUCAUAAUAAAAAUGAAACAAACAGAUGAACAA